ACAGGUAUUAUUUAGGGGGGAAGAAAUACAGACUAGUGAAUGCAGCCGUUGCACCGAAUGAAGAGUGUAUAUGUGUCCCUCUAUUUGGGACUCAAUGCUAUUCAAAUAUCGAUGCACGGACGUAUUAUUGGGGGAGCCUACGGCUGCGGCUUAGCGGGUGAAGCUGAAUAGAGCAAAUCUUUGCCGCGGUAGAUGCCGCGGCUCGUGCUUUCGGUGAUCCAAAGAAUACCGGAACGCCGCCCGGACCGGCCAUCCUGUCUCAUAAACAAUAAUUGACAAGGGCUCGUGUCUUGGAUCCGACAUUUUUCUCUCCGUCAAAUGACAUUCAGGUCUCAAAACGUAUUUACAGCUUGAUCGUCACCGAUACUUAAUGUGGCAUCCUUGCACAGUCCUUUAAUAGCCGUGAGGACACGCUGUUGUCUGAUGUAACCCCCUUCCAUCGUCGAGUAUGGGCAGUCUGAUUUCGGACCCCUUUGGUGGCGUUCUCAUCUCGGUAUUUGUGAGCAUCCUCCUCUUGGGAGCGAUGUUCGUGCAGCUGUUCAUCUACUUUGACCAUUACCCAAAAGAUCGCCUGUGGAUCAAAUUAUUUGUCCUGGUUUUGUUCGCCUUGGACAUUCUGAAUUCUGUCUUCGUGCUUGCAUGGGUCUACAAAAUGCUAAUCCUUAACUUUGGGAAUAUCGCAGCCUUCAGCAAAGCUGAUUGGACCAUCGCAACAGACCCUCUCCUUUCCGGUAUCAUGUCUGGGAUGGUUCAGUUCUUCUUUGCUUGGAAAAUAUGGGUCUUAACCAAAAACUACUUCUUCUUCAUCGCCAUAGGCGCAUUCGCGCUGGCAUCCUCCGCUGGAGGCAUCGCUACCAGUACCAUAGCGUUCAUGGUCUUGGACACCGUGAAUUGGGUUGAACUACGAAUCAAACUAGAUACCCCAGCUUUGGUAUGGCUGAUCCCGGCGGCGGUAUGCGAUCUUAUCAUCGCUACCAUCAUAACUGUGUACUUGCAACGUGCCAAAGGUCCAUUCAAACGGACGAACCGGGUCUUGAACAGAGUUAUUCGCCUCACCAUGCAAAACGGUCUCCUCACGGCAACUGUCGCAGUGAUUGACCUUGUUCUAAUUCUUGCCAUCAAGGAUACGCCAUAUUAUCUCUUCGUCGCUUUUAUUCUACCCAAACUGUAUACAAACUCUGCCAUGUCCAGUCUCAAUGCUCGCCACGUUCGCAACAACGAUGUAGAGGAUGAUGCAGCGUCUCUGAGUAUGGUAUCUGGCUUCUGGGGCAGUAGUCCGGGUCGCGUCUCUCCACUCACUACACGACCAGAAGAAAUGUUCGUCAACAUGGGGUAUGGGAACCGCCAGGACUCCGACCAUCAUGAUGCAGAUACUGUCACUUCAGAGGAUCUACCCAAAGGUGGGAGUGUUGGACCAUAGCCCCGAAUGUCUUCUUGUCUUAGUUGGUCCUUUCUUUCUGUGUGUUAUUAUAUUAUACAGCAGGAUGUACGAUAUAAUAGUAGCCGUCUCAGAUAUUCCGUGAAUUAUAGACGCUGAGAUGGUAUUCGCGCUGUAGUAUUUAGAGACAGAUGUUGAAACAAAGCCUAUUCUGCGCUAAA